AAACCUGCUUUUAAAGUAAAUAAAGAAAAGCAUAAUUAAAUUUAGUCUUUAUUUGGUCAAGUGAUGUGCGUAUGGUAUUGCGGGAGAAGGUUUGAAGUAUGAGUGCUGCGUCGGUAAUGGUUGUCUUAAUACAGGUUCUGGUUUGGAUAUGGGAUUUCUUCACUCUCCCGAUUUACUUCCUAAUUCAGUUACCCUGGGUUCAACAAAGAAAAAGAAAUCGAACCCGGGCCCGAAUAAUAUCCCAUCAGGCAACAGAGGUUACAUUCAGAGCAGUUCCUACAGUUUGUAACCUCAAGGAUGAAAUCAAGAGCCACCCAGAGGAGAUUAAUACAAUGGAAAGAUUGUUUAAAUAUUGUGUGAAGAAGCAUGGAUAUAAACCCUGUCUGGGAACCAGGGUUAUUCUGGGCGAAGAGGAUGAAAAGCAGGCUAAUGGCAAGAUAUUCACAAAGCUGCAGCUGGGUGACUAUACCUGGACUGCGUAUGUUGAUGUAGCAGCUCGUGCUGACCAGCUGGGCAAGGGUUUACGAGAACUAGGCCUUCAACCUAAAGAUAAGGUUGUUGUGUACGCGAACACCUGCCCUGACUGGAUGAUAACUGCUAUAGCCUGCUUUAAGCACAGCUUAUCCAUUGUUACUAUUUACACAAAUCUAGGAGAGGAAGGAGUACUGCAUGGAAUAACACAGACAGAUGCUGCAGUAGUUGUUGCCUCUCAGGAGCUGGUUUCCAGACUAGCAAAUGUUCUUCCUGACGCGCCCUCAGUGCAUUCUGUUAUCAUUAUCCCUAAUCAUAAACCAUACUCUAAACCUGUAUCAAAUCUAGUUCAAUAUUACAGCAUGGAUGAUGUUGUUGCCACGGGAUCAAGGUGGAAGAAAUGUUNCAGUAUUGCCUCUGCCCCUCCUGUCCCUGAAGAUACGGCUGUAAUUAUGUACACCAGCGGAUCUACCGGUGUACCUAAGGGGGUUGUACUGACACACAAGAAUAUACUACAGGGAUUGUUUUGUCUUCUCCCAACCGCUUGUGAAGCUGUUGGAACUGUUAGCUCUACUGAUGCGUAUAUUGCGUACCUACCCCUGGCCCACGUGCUGGAGCUCCUGGCUGAGAACUUGAUGAUACUGAUGGGGGUUCCUAUAGGAUACGCUACAACUAAUACUCUUCUAGAUACAGGCUCAAUGGUGGCCAAGGGGUCAAAGGGUGAUAUAAGUUUGCUAAAGCCUACAAUAAUGUGUGCUGUUCCUCUUGUUCUGGACAGAAUAUACAAAGGUCUGAAGGCCGGUGUUGAGAAGAAAGGAAAAUUUCUGGAACAUCUGAUAGAUUUCUGCUUUCAGUACAGAUUAACCUGGACUCGGAGAGGAUACGAAACUCCGCUCAUGAACAAGUUUAUAUUUGGCAAGCUCCGAACUGUUGUCGGAGGAAACCUUCGUGUUCUAUUAUCUGGUGGAGCUCCCCUAGCUCCAGAUGCUCAUGAAUACUGUAGAACAGUUCUAGGCAUAUCAUUGCUCCAGGGUUACGGAUUGACGGAAACGACAGCGACCGGAUCUGUGGCAGAUUGUCAUGAUCAUUCAACAGGGGUUUGCAGUACAGCCCCAGAGACCAGUCCCUUCUGUAAAGACCACUAUUGGUACGGACCAAACAAAUGUUCAGAUCAAUACUGCAGGUGCGAAAUACUUAAUAAUUAUUUAAUUUUUCAACUGCAUCAUAGUAGAAUCAUAAUCGAAAAACGCCCUGUAGUUAUUUUAAUCCUUAAAUCCUUUUUUACAGGUGGAAGUAAUGUUGCUAAGGAGUACUAUGAUAUGCCAGAGAAAACUGAUGAAGAGUUCUAUACUGAGAAUGGGAAGAGAUGGUUUAAAACUGGAGAUAUUGGCCACCUCAUGGACAACGGAACGCUUCGGAUCAUUGAUCGGAAGAAGGAUCUUGUAAAGAUGCAGGGCGGAGAGUAUGUUAGUCUUGGAAAGGUUGAAAGCCUGUUGAAGACUGCAUCAUUGAUUGAGAAUAUCUGUGUGUACGGGGAUCCAGGACGUGUACAUACUGUUGCUCUUAUUGUACCAGAUCAAUCUCAGCUUGUACAGCUAGCUGAACAGCUUGGAAAGAAGUCUAUGACACGAGAGGAAAUGUGUAAGGAUCCGCUUAUUACGGCAGAGGUCUUAAAGGUUUUACAGAAACAUGGAUCAGGUCAGAAGCUGGCUCGCUUCGAGAUUCCUCAAGCAGUAUUCUUGGUAAGAUUUUACAGAAAAUUAAAUGAGAAAAUUAAGACUUUUUCGUGUUAAA